AUGGAUGUGGGAAGGCGCAACUCUACAUUGCAGAGUAUACUGAGCCACGGCGGUCAAAGUGCCUUAUCCUGCAACAAAAAAAUUCAUCGCCAUUUAGUCAUUGAGAUUUAUCAGGGCCAUUUCCUGAUGCUUGAAAUGAGCGUCGGUGAAAUGUUGUCUCAGUUGCGAAGUUUGACACUAGGCAAAUCAGACAUUUGCAAUUCCAUUGGCGCCAUAAGUUAUCGCGAUUGCAAAUUGAUUCUCACAGAUUUUAAACAAAUUCCCAACAUAGAGUCAAGGACAGGAUGUAUAAUAGUAACCAUGCCUCCAGUUGUUUCUAUAAUCACUAAGGAUCAUAUCUACGUAAUAGCCAAAGAGGAGCUAAAUUUGGAUAAUUUUCUGAGCCGCCUCUGUGAGAUUACAAAAUUUACCUCAACAGGAUCGCUUAAUGAUACAAUAUUAGAAAAUAUUGAAGCUAACUAUCUCCCGGACUACGAUAAAAAUGUCACUUUACUGGCUCUCGAGUGUUGUAUAUCAGUGGCCCUGGAACAUCUUAAACAAGAUGUAAACGAUGUUCAGAGGGAAUUUGAGGAGAUAAAAUCCAGAUUACGGAUUAAAAUGCCAUACAAUGUCAUAAUGGACGGCUUACAUUCCUUGAAGCAACCAAUUGGAAACACUCAGGAAAAAGUAGGUGCCUUUGCCAGAAUUUUCUGUGACAUUGUAAACGAUACCGCAGAUAUAGCCAAAUUUGAACUAAUUAACAAUGAUACAUUAGAAACUGAUCCAACCAUGUCACUAAAUGGCAAAUGCGCGUCCCAAGUCAACCGUGAUUUAGAAAUUCUGUUCGAGUAUUUUGACCAAGAAGUUGCACAGUAUGCCAUUGAAAUGAGGACUCUCGUACUAGCAGUUCAAGAUUUGGAAAGUCAUAUAAGCAUUAAUUUGUCAUUUGCCAGGAAUCAAUUGUUGCGGUUAGACCUAAUGUGCAACGUCAUCUGUAGCGGUUUCACGUUUGGGGCAUGUAUCAGUGGCAUUUUUGGGAUGAAUUUGAAAAAUGCAAUGGAAAAUAGUGUUUCAGCAUUCGUGGUAAUAACUUCAGUGGUUGUUCUGUGUUGUAUCUUACCUAUGUUCUUCAUUAGGAUCCUAUUCAAACGUAAUCGCAUUUAA